AGAACACACACUGGAGAGAAGCCUUACAAAUGUAAUCAAUGUGGUAAAGCCUUUGCAAAAAGCAGUCAGCUCAUACGACAUAAAAGUACACAUACUGGAGAGAAACAUUAUGAAUGUAAUGAGUGUGGCAAAGCCUUUGCACAAAACAGUACUCUCUUAAGCCAUACAAGAACACACACUGGAGAGAAACCUUAUGAAUGUAAUGAGUGUGGCAAAGCCUUUGCGCAAAACAGUACUCUCUUAAGCCAUAAAAGAACACACACUGGAGAGAAACCUUAUGAAUGUAACCAGUGUGGUAAAGCCUUUGCACAAAACAGUCAUCUCAUAAGCCAUAAAAGAACACACACUGGAGAGAAACCUUAUGAAUGUAAUGAGUGUGGUAAAGCCUUUGCAAAAAACAGUCAUCUCAUGAGCCAUAAAAGAACACACACUGGAGAGAAACCUUAUGAAUGUAAUGAGUGUGGCAAAGCCUUUGCAGAAAACAGUACUCUCUUAAGCCAUAAAAGAACACACACUGGAGAGAAACCUUAUGAAUGUAACCAGUGUGGUAAAGCCUUUGCACAAAACAGUCAUCUCAUAAGCCAUAAAAGAACACACAUUGGAGAGAAACCUUAUGAAUGUAACCAGUGUGGUAAAGCCUUUGCAAAAAACAGUCAUCUCAUGAGCCAUAAAAGAACACACACUGGAGAGAAACCUUAUGAAUGUAAUGAGUGUGGUAUAGCCUUUGCACAAAACAGUACUCUCUUAAGCCAUAAAAGAACACACACUGGAGAGAAACCUUAUGAAUGUAAUGAGUGUGGUAAAGCCUUUGCAAAAAACAGUCAUCUCAUGAGCCAUAAAAGAACACACUCUGGAGAGAAACCUUAUGAAUGUAAUGAGUGUGGCAAAGCCUUUGCACAAAACAGUACUCUCUUAAGCCAUAAAAGAACACACACUGGAGAGAAACCUUAUGAAUGUAACCAAUAUGGUAAAGCCUUUGCAGAAAACAGUACUCUCUUAAGCCAUAAAAGAACACACAGCAAAGAGAAACCUUAUGAAUGUAACCAGUGUGGUAAAUCCUUUGCAGGAAAAAAUGAUCUCAUAAGACAUAAAAGAACACAUACUGGAAAGAAACCUUAUGAAUAUAUCCAACCUGAUAAAGCCUUUGCACAGCAGAGUACUCUCCAAAAACAGGAAAAGACACACAGUGGAGAG